AUGGGUAAAAUCAUUAAUAUUAAAACAGAACUUAGUCAUCCAUUGGUUGGCAGACUGGAACCUUCAGAGAACAGUGUGCUUGAUACCUAUGACAGUGACUAUGAGGAGGGGGUGACUCCCCUUGAACAUUUGGAUUCUGGUGCUCCCAGUGUGCCUGGCCUUCUUGGCCCUGACACGAAAGAAGGUCUUCCAACAUGUCUUCUGUGUACCUGCCUGGGUGGGUCUGUCUACUGUGAUGAUACAAAUAUCAAAAGCAUACCUCCUCUUCCUAAAGAUACCACACACUUCUAUGCACGUUUCAACAAGAUCACCAGCAUAAAGAAAGGAGAUUUUGAUGGGCUAAAUCAUCUAAAGAGGAUUGACGUAACAGGUAAUAGGAUCUCUUCAAUUGACGAAGAUGCUUUAAGGCAGCUGCCUGAACUGGUGGAUCUGAUGAUCGCUUCAAAUGAACUUGUACAGCUUCCAGAGCUUCCCAAAACUAUGGUCAACAUUGAUGCAAGUUACAAUAAACUACACAGCAAUGGGAUAAAAAAAGAGGCAUUCAAAGAUAUGAAUAACCUAGCAUUUCUGUAUCUGGCUGGCAAUGCACUGAAUUACGUCCCACUUCCUUUGCCUGAAAGUCUUCGUUCUAUUAACCUACAGAACAACAAUGUUCAGCAGAUUGAUGAUGACACUUUCUGUAAUUCAAAAGACAUUCACUAUGUUCGCAAGGCUCUAGAGCUCAUUAGACUGGAUGGAAAUCCCAUUAAUCUCAGCAAAACACCUAAUGCCUAUAUUUGUCUUCCUCAUGUGCCCUAUGGCAAAUAUUAAAGAUCUGCAAUUCUGUUCACAAUGUGUACAAACUCAUUUGACAGCAGGCAAAGUUCUUAUAUUAUUGUGCUUAGGAUUUUCAAUGGCAAACCAAUUUUUUCAAGGAACCAAUUAAAACAUAAUCUAGUGAACAAACAAAUAAUCUCAAUUAAGAACACUGUUCAAGGUAAUUCUAUCUGAAAUGCUGGCCAA